UGGCUUUUAAUGUGUCUGCCUGUGUCUUGGCAUAGACUGCCCAUACCAGCUGGAGUGGACUGAGAUCCCCAGAUCUCUGCUUGCUGACUUAUCUUAGUCUGAAGAGGCAUGUACUUACUUUAUACUUCGGGAGGAAACACAGCUCUCUUCCUGCCUGUUACUGGUUAUUAGUUACUGUAUGUUAUGCAGAUCCCAAAUGUAAUGGUUUGAAACGUGCUUAAUUUCCAGACCAAAUACACACUGAUAGAUGAACAAGACAUCCCGCUGGUGGAGAGCUACUCCUUUGAGGCCCGAAUGGAAGUAGAUGCAGAUGGAAAUGGUGCUAAGAUAUUUGCAUAUGCCUUUGACAAAAACCGAGGAAGGGGCUCCGGAAGGCUUCUCCAUGAGCUGCUGUGGGAGCGACACAGGGGAGGCAUCGCUCCGGGGUUUCAGGUGGUACAUCUCAAUGCUGUGACUGUGGACAAUCGCCUGGACAACCUGCAGCUGGUGCCCUGGGGCUGGCGGCCCAAAGCCGAAGAGACCUCCAGCAAACAAAGGGAGCAAAGCUUAUAUUGGCUCGCAAUUCAGCAGCUUCCCACGGACCCCAUAGAAGAGCAGUUCCCAGUCCUGAACGUGACCCGGUACUACAACGCGAACGGGGACGUGGUGGAAGAGGAGGAGAACUCCUGCACCUACUACGAGUGCCGCUACCCUCCCUGCACAGCGAUCGAGCAGCAGCUCCGGGAGUUCAACAUCUGUGGGCGCUGCCAGGUGGCCCGAUACUGCGGCUCCCAAUGCCAGCAGAAGGACUGGCCCGCCCACAAGAAGCAUUGUCGGGAGAGGAAGCGUCCCUUCCAGCAUGAGCUUGAGCCAGAGCGAUGACGGGCAGUGGAACUGCCACCGCUGCAUGCUUGCAGCUUCUGGGCUCUUCCUUGGGCACAGUGGAGACAGACUGGUGGUUGAACCUGGAAGUGCCGAAGAAGCCAGCAGCGGGUCCAGAAGAACUGCCAUGAGACUCCCGAUGUUACAUGCUGUCUGUGUGGGGACAGCACCCCCUGCAGUGUUAAUCUCCAGCAGAGACAACCAGGGAAGCUCCCGCCAGGACAUUUCUCAUUAUUUAUAUGUUAAUAUGUUUGUAAACUCAUGUACAGUUUUUUUGGGGGGAGGCAGUGGGAGGGUUAGAAAUUACAAAUAGAAUCAUUUGC